AUGAAAAUCACAUCUCUCGCAGUUUACCCCAUCAAGGGUCUACGGGGAUUCAAACUUCAAUCAGCCGAGAUUGGUCCAUUGGGCAUUCGGUAUGAUCGCACAUUCAUGCUCUACGAGACAGAUUCUUCUACCGGGGACAUCACGAAAAAAAUACAGAUUGACUCGCACCCACUCUGCGGCUUAUUCGAACAGCAAAUCAUUCAAAAAUCCGAGGAAGAGCCAAGCCGGAUUCUAGUUACAUUCCAUGGUAGCCCAUCUGGGGAGUCGGCGUCUGAAAACGCUAGCGAUGACAAGCCGACCCUCUUUGUUCCCCUCGAGCCUGACAUGGCCCCUCUCGACAAGGUCACCGCCCCCCUACAUCGCAGCCCGACCACAGCGUACCGCAUGGGUGAGCCCUACGAUGCCUGGUUUAGCCAUCAGUUCGGGAAACCCGUGGCGUUGGUCUACCUCGGGGACGGUCGCCGGGCUGUCCUCGGCGCCACCCUCCCCCCCAAGCCCCUCCCAGAGCAGCAGCAGGAGCAGCAGCAACAGGGAGGAGGUUGGUUCUCUGCCAUAACGUCGUACUUGAUCAAUGGUACUCAGCAAUCCACCACAUCUGCCCCCGGGCCCUUCAUUUCUUUUGCGGACGUGGCUCCAAUGCUGGUGACCUCGGAGGCUUCCCUACGAGACGUUGAGGGGCGUCUCCUCGCUGGAUCAGACCCCAACGGCGGGAAGCUCGAGGUGGGCAUGUACAAGUUCCGCCCCAACGUUGUCGUCGAUGGCGUGGGCGAAGAGCCUUGGGCAGAAGACUUCUGGGCUGAGUUGGCCAUUCGAGAACAGAAGGGGCCGACAAGGGUAGAGCCACGGGGGAGCGGGGUGACGACGCUGCAACUCACCGGUAACUGUGUCCGCUGCGUGAGCCUCAAUGUGGACUAUGCCACGGGAAAACCGGCCGAGGGGGAAUUGGGAAACGUGUUGAAGCGGCUAAUGAAGGAGAGGCGGGUGGACACUGGGUCUAAGUGGUCGCCGGUGUUUGGACGCUAUGCGUUUUUGGGGGGGCGGGAUGUGAAAGAAGCGGUGGUUGGAACCGUGGUGGUGUCGGUGGGGGAUGAGGUGGAAGUUACGAGGAGAAAUGAAGAGAGGUCGGUUUGGGAUUGGCCUGGGAUGUAG